CCUUUUCUUUUGUUUACCCAUCGUCCCUCUGAGUUUACCGACCCAACCUUAGCGACUCAACUAUGGAGACUGUCCGAGCAGCAUCACCGUCCGACGGAGACAAGUAAACUUGCCCAUGAACUGGAGCAGCAAGUGACACCAGGAUGGGAGGGCUAGCGAGACCGUGCCAGAACUGAGGCCAAACUCUCACUCCCCUGCUGCAUUUAGGACUGCUGCUCAUUUUUUCGUAGCAACUUGAUGGUAGAGCUGUUUGUCAAGAAGAUAAGCCCUGGAUAUUUCCUUGUGUUUUUCUGCCUAAGCAGAGCCUGGGGGACGAAUGAUGACUGACUGAAACCAAUUGAAUCGAUGGACUCGAGAAAGUUCCCUGGCACAAUGUUAAGGCCAGCAGACACAUCAUCCAAGAGGCGUCCGUGUGGUGGAAGUGGGCUGAACUUGCCUCCUCCCCCCCCUGCCUCCUCCUCCCUCCAACAGGGUCGUAUCCAUGCCGUGGAGGUGGCACGAGGGAGGACAGGGUACGGCUUUACGCUUUCAGGUCAAAGCCCAUGUAUCCUCAGCUGCAUCCUGAAAGGGAGCCCUGCAGACUAUGUGGGCUUACGUUCUGGAGACCACAUCCUCUCUGUUAAUGACAUCAAUGUGUCCAAGGCCUCGCAUGAAGAUGUGGUCAAGCUGAUUGGACGCUGCUCUGGUGUUUUGAAACUUGUCAUCGCUGAGGGAGAACGUCACAGGCGCCACCAUCACCACCAACGGGCUGGAAAUCGCCAUCACAGCAGCAAUACGAUGGGAGCAUCUCACCUGGACUCAUGCUCGAGCGAUGAUGAGUUGGAUGGUUUCUAUGACAACAGUGUUAACAAUAACAAUAACAGCAGGUCAGGCUGUGGAGCUCGCGGGGGUUUGUACAAACCCAAAUUGGAUUCUAAGCAGCUGGGCAUCAACAGGGCAGAGAAGGUUGUGGCGGAGCUGCAGUCCGGAGGAAUCUUUAACAUGAUCUUUGAGAACUCCAGCCACUCGUCCAGUAGCUCGGACAAGGAGAGGCCGUUGGUUAGUUCAUCAUCAAAGCCUCGUCCUCUGUCUGAUCCUGAGUUCCCACAGUAUCGGAACUCCUCUUGUUCCCAGAGCAAUCCCAACCUUCUCUCUGAGGAGGAGAUGGCUCAAGUUCUGAAUGACGAUUCAGUCUUCCUGGACUCAGACUUCCAUCAUCUCAACAUUCACCCACAUGAAGAGCAAGACGUGGAUGUAGGAGAUGGGGGCGAUUUGGGCCUAGAGCCUGGUGAAGGCAUCCUCAACGUGGGCAUGAUUGUUGGCUAUCUGGGCUCCAUUGAGCUGGCCUCCUCUGGGACAAGUUUAGAGAAUGACAGCCUGCAGGCCAUCAGGGGCAGCAUGAGGCGUCUCAGAGCCGAGCAAAAGAUUCAUUCAUUGGUCCUAAUGAAGGUCAUGCAUGACAGUGUGCGUCUGUGCAGUGACAGGGGUCAGGUCCUGGCCACCUAUCCUGCAGAGAAACUAGCCUUCAGCGCUUGCUGUCCCGACGACCGGCGAUUCUUUGGACUGGUCACGAUGCAGGCCACGGACGAGCAUGACUAUAAUCGCUUUAGCAACGGACGAGAUGAAGAUGGUGGUUUGAGGACUUCCUGCCAUGUGUUCAUUGUGGACCCAGACCUCUGUCAUCACCAGGUCCAUUUAGGUGUAGCCAUGAGGUUUGGCUUUGAGUGUACCCCCGACCCAGACACAGGUGGCUGCCUUGAAUUCCCGCCCAGCUCUCAGCCUCUCCUCCACUUUGUCUCUGUCCUCUACCGAGACAUGGGCGACAACAUUGAGGGGGUUCGGGCCCGGGCCUUUCAUGAUCCAGACAACGACGCCCAACAGAACCACAGCACCAGCAGCAACAGCGAUAGUGGGAUUGGAAACUUUUUACCAGAGGAGAAGAGCAACAGAGUGCUUUUAGUGGACCUCGGAGGUCCUCCUAAUCACAACCACAUCUCUGGGCCACGCCACUGGGACAGCCCUCCUUCCUCCCAGCAGGCCUGGAGCCCCACCCUAGGAGCCACCGCCUCUCUCCCACCUCCUCCUCCUCCUCCGCCAGCUCUGAGAAAUGGCCACUACCGCCACGAUCCACACCUGGCUGACCUCCCUCACCCUCUACCCUUGGCUCACACUGACGUCUCCAGCAGGCACUCACGAGGGGUCCACCCUCACCACUACUCACUGGCGAAGCGGGGAGGAGCUGUGGGGGGAGGAGAAAAGAGAGGGGCGGGAGGAGCAGUAGGGGUGGAGCCACAGCGGUGGCUCCCAGUCCAUGUGCUUAGAGACUGGCGUCAGCAGCACCACCACAGCCACCUCCAGGGCCUGAGCAGCGACCAGGAGUCCUAUGCUGAAUCCACUGACGGGUGGUCAUCGGCCAACUGCAGCACCUUGCCUCCACCCAUGAGUAAGAUCCCUGCAGACCGCUACCGGGCCCCGCUAGCCCCGGGAGACCACCUGCCACCACCUGGAGGGAGCCAGCCUCCUCCUCCGUCACAUCCCCACUCCCACACCCACCGGCUGGCUGUUCAGAAAGAUGAGUGGGCCAAGAAGCUGUUUGGUGCUGGAGACAGGGAGCGGCCUGGAGCAGAGAGAGGUGAAAGAGAGAAGAAACGAAGGAAUGCAAAGGAAGGAGAGAAAAAGGGUGGUCGGUUCCGUGGUUUGACAAUGGGCUUCCCUCCUCUCCCGCAGCGCUCGUCAGCCCGACGCUCCUUUGGACGCUCCAAACGGCUCGGCUUGGCCCGCUCCCUGGACGACUUGGAGCUGUAA